AUGUCGAACCAGCAAGUGGGCGCGGUAUUCGAGAAGGUCAUCAAGGACGUCUGCGAGAACUCCCAGGUCGACUUUGAGGAGAGCGGUGUUGACCAGAAGACACUGCUUGAUCUGCGCGAGACCUGGCAGAAGAAGCUCUCCUCGGUCAACGUUGCUCAGUUCCCCUGGGAUCCCCCAGUCCAGCCCAUCCCCCAAGCUCCUUUGCCUCCUCAGGCCACCGUCCCAUCCAACGCUCCCCGCCCACCUCCUCAGCCUCAACAUGUCCCUCCUCCAGUAUCUAUGCCGCAGCAAGUUCCUGUGCAAGCCCCUGUCCCAGUGGCACCCGUUGCACCACCACCCAUGAACGCCCCUAGAAUCAAGACAGAGCCCGGCACUAAUGGUCCACCCCAAAUGCCACCCAUGCAUCACAACAUGCCUGCGAAUACGCCAAACCCGCAAAUGGCUCGUGACCGCGCUGCAGCUCAAUUGACGCAAAGAUUUGGUGCCUCCGCUGCCACAUCAGUCAGCCAGCUCCAGUCUCAGCCUGCGGGACAACAGCCUUACCCGCAGAUGCACCACCCUUCCAAUGGCCAGAUGCCUCAAAUCAAGCAGGAGCAUGGCCACUCCUCUAUCGGCCCCAGUCAGACCGAUGGGGCUGAUGACGCACUGGCUGACUGGAAAGCCGAGGUUGCCCGACGCAGAGAAGCCGCCCAGAAUGGCCAAGGGGAUCAUCUUCUCCGUGAGUAUCUGAAGCAUCAGAUGAGCGGGCUGCAGGGUGGCGGCUUGCUUCGUCCUCUGUCUGAGCAGGAAUCUUCCAUCACAACUGCUCGUCGUGCGGCUCUUGUUGCUCCUCUGGUCCGAGCAAAUGCCUCGCAGUCGAACUCUGAAUUCCCCAAAGUUCCUGGUCAGUUCGAUGGUGUGGACGACGAUGUCAAGGAAGAAGCGGACGAGGAUGCGAUCAACUCGGAUCUGGACGACCCCGAUGAUCUUAUCGAUCAUGAGGCAGAGGCCGAUGAGGCCGAUGGACAGGUUAUGCUUUGCACCUACGACAAGGUCCAGCGCGUCAAGAAUAAGUGGAAGUGCACCUUGAAGGAUGGCAUCUUGACCACCGGUGGCAAGGAAUAUGUCUUCCACAAGGGCCAGGGUGAAUUUGAGUGGUAA